AUGUUCUUCAUUAGUGAUACUACCAUAAUGUCUACAAUGAAAAAGGGUACCGCCAUGGAAGGAGUGCAGAUCCGUUCCUAUAACCAGGCAACAGAUUACCACGAAUGCCGAGAGAUAUUUACAGAGGGCAUGCAACAGCUCAUCAAUCUUGUUAACCGUGUUGUUUUUCCAAGAUACUUGUGGUAUGUUGCCAUAACAACCAUUUUUGCCAUAUUGGCAUCUAUGAAGUGGUCCGUGUGGAUCUUAAUUCUCAGCCUGUCAAUUUCACUAGUGCUGAUAGCACUUUUGUACGUGGAUAUUUACUAUGAGUGCUGGAAGUUCAUCAAGUACUGCCUAAGAACAGAUUUGGCUGACAUCGACAAGACAUACAUGUGUAAUGAUGGCUGCCACAUGUGGGUAGCUGAAUUAAAUGGCAAAGUUGUUGGGAUGGUGGGACUAAUUGUUGAUGAAAAACAAAAGCCAGGAGUUGCCGAGUUGCAGAGGAUGUCUGUGUCAGGGACGUGUCGGAAAAUGGGAGUUGGAAGGAAGCUGCUGGAACAGGUUCUUAGACAUGCUGAGCAGUGCAAACUUUCAAAAAUUGUCUUGUCGACCACGAGUGCACAAUUACCAGCGAUUGGACUGUAUAAGAAAUAUGGCUUCAAAUUGGCCGGGGUGUAUCCAUAUCCUCAGAAGAUCUUAGGAGAUUUGGAGUACUGGUUGUUUGAUCGUCAACUGUGA